AAAAAAAAAAAAAAAAAAAAAAAGCGACAGACAUUUUAUAAACUUUACGUCUUCCUUUUCACCAUAUCUGGUUCUUUCUUUCUUCUUCUUCUGCAACUCAAGUCAGUCAAUCACUAGCUUUUAGCAAGAUGAAGUCCUCUAUCACCUUUUUGAUGAUGAUGCUCUUGUUGGCCUCUGCUGCCAGCGCUCUCGUCUGGAACCCAGAAAUUAUCACACCGAGCGCUAGAACAAAGUGGCGCGCUGGAGAAACAUACACCGUUCAAUGGAAAACCACUGUUGUCGACAUGGAUAUCCCAGAUGGUGUAAAUGGUACCAUCAAGCUCGGUUAUUUGGAAGAAGGUUCCAUUAAUGAGCAUCUUUACUGGGAUUUAGCCAGUGCUUUCCCACUCAAUUCGGGCGCACAAAGCGUAACUUUGCCAUCUGACCUGGAAACCAAAAAGUCUUACAUCAUUGUGGUCAUGGGAAAUUCAGGCAACGCUUCUCCCAAGUUCACGAUCAAGGCUGCUCGUCCUUUUGCUUUUCAGUGAACACUUUCUUAUUACCUUGUCGUUUCCUGGAAUAUCUCUUCAUCUAUCCGUUCACCAGCCCCCACUCACUCACCACCCUUUUGUCGACCCCCCUCAACAUACACAACUUUGACAACAGUAGUCCCAUAUUUAAAUUGUACAUACACGCUCCUUUCUUU